AUGAGUGGAGGAGUAAAAAUGGGCGCGCUGCGGCAGCUGCGCCUGUUGCGACUUCUGCUGCUGCUCCUGGUGUCCACUCCCCUCCAGCCGUUCCAGUCACUCCAGUUACUUCAGCCGUGGUUCCCCCCAAUUCUUGGCGUAUCUGCGAAGGCCCCGGUCGGCCAUCACGCGAAGGACGACUUCCUGCUAAAAGCGUUAGCAAUAGAUAGGAAGAAACUGGACUCCUCUUACUUUAAAAAGUAUGAUAACAUAAAAUGGGAGGGGAAGAUAAUCGCCAUAGGGGACAUUCACGGAGACCUAGAAAGUCUGAAGCUCAUUUUACGACAUGCAAAUCUGAUAAACGAAAAUAACGAGUGGAUUGCAGAAAAUGUCUUGCUAGUUCAGGUGGGAGAUAUCCUAGACAGAGGGAUUUAUGGUCCAUUAAUUUAUGACUAUCUCUUCAAGUUACAAAAGGAAGCACCUUUGAAAAACAGCAGAGUGUUAUUAAUCAUGGGAAAUCACGAGCAACUAAACCUGUGCGGAUAUUUCGAUUACGUAAAUGAGAAAGAAGUGGAGGUGUUUUUUAGAAAUAAUUUGAACUACCGAUUGUUCCAUUUUGUUUCCACUAGGGGGGAGUAUUUCAAGAAGUUAAUUCGCCUACCAGCAAUUGCCAAAGUGAAUGACAUUUUAUUUGUUCACGCGGGGAUAAGUAAACAGAUUUCUUCACUUAGCUUAGACACCAUACGGUUGAAGACAAGGCUACAGAUUGAAAACAUGUGCCGAGUUCUGAGUUAUGAUAAAUCUAUUAACUACGUAAGUCGCGAGGGUGUCCUUUGGCAUGACCACAUAUCACGCACAGCUCCGCAUGAUGAGAAAGAAGCUUGCUCCAUUUUAUCUCACGUUUUUAACAAUUACAAAGCCAAGCAUUUAGUCGUAGGACACAUCAGACAGCUGACACAUGAAAUUAGCACCUACUGCAAAGGUGGUUUGUUUCUCAUCGACACUGGGAUGAGCCUUUUCAUGAACCAUGGACAGCAGUAUCCAAACUAUCUCGUCGUGCAAAAUGGGACCUUCAAGUCAGUUCACCUAAUCGUUGAGGUAAAUAAGAAGACCAAAAACUGCGAUUCGCUUGAGAUACAACUGGACAGCCCCAACAAGAAGACCUUCUGCGUUCACACGAAGGAAGCGCUUUUGUCUCCCCCGAGCAAAGGUUGA